AUGCUUUCUUUCAAGAACAUUGUUGUUGGCUCCGCCAUGGUGGCGCUGGUGAGCGGCCACGCUGCCAUUCUUAAUGUCCAGAGUGACCAGGCUGGUCCCGCUGGUGUUGGUUUCAAGGUUGACCCCAACCUGGCCCGCAACUGCACGACUAUCAACCCCUGCCAGCAGGACGCCACUCUGAUCCGCGACGCCGAGAUCAAGGCCAACACCGUCAACGAAUGCGGACGCACUGAGAUUUCCGGCAACAUCGAUAUCGGCGAGAACACCGAGAACCAACUGGCCGCCAAGCAGGUCGCUCAGGUCCAGGCCGGCUCCCAGCUCACCGUCACCAUCCACCAGGUCAACGCCGACGGUGCCGGCCCCUUCGCCUGCGAUCUGGACCCUACCUCCAACUCCCUGGCCGCCACCGGCCAGAUCCCUCUCGAGGUCACCAACAACGUCCCCGGCGUCAACGGUUUCUCCCAGGCCAAGGCUCAGCAGUUCAACAUCACCGUCAAGAUGCCCGCCGACCUCAAGUGCACCGGUGCCUCCACCGGAAACGUCUGCACCGUCCGCUGCCGUAACAACGCCGUCGCCGGUCCCUUCGGCGGCUGCUUCCCCGUCCAGCAGACCGACGUCACCGCCACGCAGAACACCCCCCAGAACAUCAAGACCGCCCAGGACCUCGAGGGUGUCCUCAAGAAGCAGCAGCAGAACGCCGGCGACCUCCCCGCCGCCAUCGCGGCCAACCAGGUCGACGGCACCGCUCAGGGCAAGGCCAACACCGAGGCCGCCAACAAGCUUCUCGGCGUCCCUGAUGUUGUCACCAAGGAGUUCCCGGCCUCCAACACCGGCCCCAGUGUCGACGGCACUGCCGGCGGCGCUGCUGGAGGUGCUGCUGGCGGUAACACUGGCAACGGCAACGCAAACGCCGGCAACGGCAACGCGAACGCCGGCAACGGUAACGCCAACACCGGUAACAACAACGCGAACACCGGCAACAACGGCCGUCAAAGGGGCAAGGCCAACCGCAACGGCCGCCAGGGAGGCAAGCGCGCCGCCAAGCAGAAGCGUGAGGAGAGCAGCGGACUUAGAUGGGCCAAGCGCUACGUCGUGCCCGGAGCCGACUUCCAGCCCGAGGUCGCCCCGUGA